UGGUGACAUAGCCCUAGCUUCCGAGGAAAUGUGAAAAGCACACUCGACGGGUGAGAGAAAGGGAAGAGAAAAAAAAAUGAAAUUCACAGACUCUCCGGUGAUCGAGCUAACAGUGAACGGCACACUGCUCUCAAUCCAGCAAGACAACUCCACGAUGCACGUCGGAACCUCCGUAUGGCCCUGCUCUCUCGUCCUCGCCAAGUUCGCCGAGCGCUGGUCCGCAACGGACUCAUCAUCUCCGUCACCGUCUCCGAAUCCAUACGCCGAACUCCUCCAUUUCCGCCGCCGUCGCGCCGUCGAGCUAGGCACCGGAUGCGGAGUCGCCGGCAUGGCGUUUCACCUGCUAGGCCUGACGGAGAUCGUGCUCACCGACGUGGUCCAGGUCAUGCCGGCGCUCAAGCACAACCUGAAACGGAACAAGGCGGCGCUCGGUAAGCUCCUGAAGACCUCCGUCGUCUCCUGGAGCAACCGGGAUCAGAUCUCGGCGCUGAACCCGCCUUUCGAUCUGGUCAUCGCGGCGGACGUGGUGUACAUCGAGGAGUCGGUGGGGCAGCUGGUGGCGGCGAUGGAGUCGCUGAUGAAGGAAGACGGAGCUGUGCUGCUUGGUUAUCAGAUUAGGUCGCCGGAAGCUGAUAAGCUGUUCUGGGAGCUGUGCGACGCCGUUUUUAGGAUCGAGAAGGUUCCUCAUGAGCAUCUACAUGCUGAGUACGCUUACGAGGAAGCUGACGUGUACAUCUUUAGAAAGAAGGCGAAGAAGAGUGAAUCGGAAUGAAACCUGUUUCGUUUCUGUUAAAACAUUUACAAAUUUGGAUGUAACCUUUUUUUUUUCUUUUACUUAUUUAUUGCCAUCGAUUUCGAAUUA